AAAGAAAAGUCAUCGCAGGCUGAACUGCAGGCCCGUCGUGCUCGUUUCUGUCGUACUUGUUUCGUUUGCAAAUUUAAAAAAGUUGCUUACCGUAUGGAUAUAUAGUAGCAUAUGGUUACAAAGUCAUCAGUAACUAAAUUGAAAGCGCGACUGCUGAAAAAAGUGUGUGAAAACAAUGAAGAAAUCUAGCAUGAAAUUUUCAGCUGCCAAUACGAAGCAAAUCACAAAGAGCAAAUAAAAGAAACAAUGAGCGAGCGAAACAGCAGUACUGUGUGAUAGCUAGUGCAACUCUUCUUUCCAAAUAAAACAAAACAAAUGAGAAACAAAGGAUAGAAACCCCGAAAACUCCGCACACUCACACGCACACCAAUACAUACAAUAGGAAGAAGAGCAGAUGAUGAAGCAGGCAAAAAACUGUCCAAUAAACGACAAUAAAGUUUACAAAAUGUUUGAGUAUAUACUAUUAUUUAAGUAAAGUGCUUUAUCGAAAACGUAAUUGUGAACACAAUGCCCACAUUGAAGUAAUGCAUUCGAACUGCAAGUGAAAGGAGAAAAUCCAUUGCCAUCGGCUCAUUUAACUGUCUGUGUGGCUGUGUGUGUAUGUGUGUCUGUGCCCGUGCCAGUGCGAGUGCUUCAGUGUGUGUGAGUGUGGAAUUAAAAUUGGGUUUGGGGUUGAUAAAUUGUGAAAAGUGUUAAACGCCACAGAACUUUUUCCCCUUUACCGCAAGCAUUUCCAUACAAAAAUAAAAUAAAAAGGGUAUAGCUAAAAAUGCCCAGCGCCUCGUUUACAUCAUCGCGCACCUAUGUGCGCCGCUCCAGACGAAAAGGAGCCAAUCGCAUAGCCAUGCCAAAUCGUCCCACGGGCAACAUAAUGGAUCCCAUGCUGCAGCAGUCAGUGCACGCACAGCAAAACAAUACUGCAGCAACGAGCACAGCCUCUGCAACAGUAGCAGCAGCAUCAGCAGCAGCGGCUGCUGCAGCAUCAGCUGGAAGUAGCAAUAAUUCAAACAGUAGCAGCAACAACAACAACAACAACAAUACUGCUCCCAGCAGCAGCAAUGCCGCGGAAUACUUUGAUAGUGGUCAAUCUACGAGUAGCGCGGCUGCUGGAUCCUCCGCUGGCCUCAAUCAAAACCCGUGCAUGAGUAACAUCUACAAUUCUGUGCAGAUCAUGGACACCUCCGAUAGCAACUCAACACUGGCCAGCACCUCGUCGGCCGCUGGUCCCAGCAGCAGCAACAGCAAUAGCAUCACCUGCAAUUCCAAUUUUCCCAGCACAUCGGCUGCCAGUCAGGGCAACAGCAGCAACACUAGCAGUAACAGCAGUGGCAACAGUAGCAGUAGCAGCGCCUCCUGUUGCCAUCAGUCGCCAUAUGAUCUGCGUCGCAAGAUAUCCGCCGUGAGUAACCAUGAUCAGUGGUGCUCCUCCGGCUCUAGCACUGGCCAAUCUGUGGCCAUUAUGGUGGGUCCAUCCAGCAGUUCGCCGCCAUUACUCAACCCCAGCAAUUCACCUGCCUGCUCCUCAUCGGCAUCGUCGGCUUCCAAUUCAUCAUCGACUUCGUCGUCGCCAUCGGCCAUUGUACAGGCGCCCUCAACCAGCGCCACCUUUCCCGUAAGCAAUGCGCCCACAACAGGUGCCACGCUCGCGCAGCCCCCGAAUGUGCACAGCUCUGUGCCGCAGCAGCAGCACUGUGGCGCCUUGCCCGUGGGCGGGGCUGCAGCGGUAAUUGAGGAGAAUAAUUAUAUGCUGCCGGCACGCAAGCGCUCACGCCGCCUUUACACGCAGAGCGGGGAGACGGACACGGCGGCAGUGCCCAGCAUGGAUGCGGGCAGUGGAGGCAGUGCGGCCAGCGGUGCUGGACCCACAGCUGCGCAGUAUUUGCAAUAUGAGCUGGCCGAUGAGGUGCUGCUGGCCAUAUUCUCCUACCUGCUGGAACAGGAUCUGUGCCGUCUGGCGCUGGUCUGCAAGCGCUUCAAUACCAUUGCCAACGACACGGAACUGUGGAAGCGUCUGUUUCAGUCGGUGUUCGAGUACGAUUUGCCGCUCUUCAAUCCCGAGCUGUGCAAAUUUGUGUUCGAGAAGCCCGAGGAGUCGGAGUAUGCCAAUCCUUGGAAGGAGAGCUUCCGCCAGCUGUACCGCGGCGUUCAUGUGCGCCCCGGCUAUCAGGACAGGCGCCAGCCCGGACGCAGCAUCGUCUUCUUCAAUACCAUACAAGCAGCUCUCGAGCCGGCCUUUGCCGCUGGCUCCAAUGCUGGCGCUGGCGCUGGCAAUCUCUCUGCCGGUCUCUCGAACACCACCAGCAGCACCGGCACCGGCAAUGGUGGAGUUGGUGCUGGGGGAGGCGGUGCCAGUGUCAAUGCUCUGGCCAAUAUAUACGAGGAGAAUGUGCCACCAGCCGAGCAUCCAGGCCCAUUAAUAUUCCUGCAUGCCGGCCACUACAAAGGAGAAUAUCUAUUCAUUGACUCCGACGUAGCACUCGUCGGAGCAGCACCCGGCAAUGUGGCCGAGUCGGUGAUACUGGAACGCGAGGCAGGCUCCACUGUUAUGUUCGUGGAGGGUGCCAAGUACGCAUAUGUGGGCUAUCUAACGCUCAAGUUUUCCCCGGAGGUCACCUCAACGGUGUCGCAUCACAAGCACUAUUGCCUGGACAUUGGCGAGAAUUGUUCGCCAACUGUGGACAACUGCAUCAUACGCUCCACAUCGGUGGUGGGAGCCGCUGUCUGUGUGGGCGGCGUCAGCGCCAAUCCCGUUAUACGUAACUGUGACAUCAGCGACUGCGAAAACGUCGGACUCUACGUGACGGACUACGCCCAGGGCACCUACGAGCACAACGAGAUCAGCCGUAAUGCCCUGGCCGGCAUUUGGGUGAAGAACUUUGCCAGCCCCAUAAUGCGUGAGAAUCAUAUACACCAUGGACGCGAUGUGGGCAUAUUUACCUUUGAGAAUGGCAUGGGUUAUUUUGAGAAGAACGAUAUACACAACAAUCGCAUAGCUGGCUUUGAGGUCAAAGCUGGCGCCAAUCCCACAGUGGUCAAGUGCGAGAUUCAUCAUGGUCAGACGGGCGGCAUCUAUGUGCAUGAGAAUGGACUGGGACAGUUCAUUGAGAAUCGAAUACAUUCAAAUAAUUUUGCGGGUGUGUGGAUAACAUCGAACAGCAAUCCAACCAUACGCAAGAAUGAAAUCUAUAAUGGCCAUCAGGGCGGCGUCUAUAUCUUUGGCGAGGGACGCGGCCUCAUUGAGCAUAAUAACAUCUAUGGCAAUGCACUGGCUGGCAUUCAGAUACGCACGAACAGUGAUCCGAUAGUGCGGCACAAUAAGAUUCACCAUGGACAGCAUGGGGGCAUCUAUGUGCACGAGAAGGGCCAGGGGCUGAUUGAGGAGAAUGAGGUGUACUCGAAUACUUUGGCCGGCGUGUGGAUAACCACGGGCAGCACACCAGUGCUGCGACGUAAUCGCAUACACUCCGGCAAGCAAGUGGGCGUCUAUUUCUAUGACAACGGACAUGGCAAGCUGGAGGAUAACGAUAUAUUCAAUCAUUUGUACUCGGGUGUGCAAAUACGCACGGGCAGCAAUCCGGUGAUACGUGGCAAUAAGAUCUGGGGCGGCCAGAAUGGCGGCGUUCUGGUCUACAACGGCGGCCUGGGUCUGCUUGAGCAGAACGAGAUCUUUGACAAUGCCAUGGCUGGCGUGUGGAUCAAAACCGACUCGAAUCCCACACUCAAGCGCAACAAGAUCUAUGAUGGACGCGACGGCGGCAUAUGCAUCUUCAAUGGCGGCAAGGGCAUACUCGAGGAGAACGACAUCUUUCGGAAUACGCAGGCGGGCGUGCUGAUCUCAACGCAAUCGCAUCCGAUACUCAGACGCAAUCGCAUCUACGACGGACAAGCAGCUGGCGUGGAGAUAACAAACAAUGCAACAGCCACGCUGGAGCACAAUCAGAUAUUUAAGAAUAAGUUCGGUGGCCUGUGCCUGGCCAGCGGUGUGCAGCCGAUAACGCGCGGCAACAACAUAUUUAACAACGAGGAUGAGGUGGAGAAGGCGGUGUCCAGCGGCCAAUGCCUUUACAAGAUUAGCAGCUACACAUCCUUUCCCAUGCACGACUUUUAUCGCUGCCAGACCUGCAAUACAACGGAUCGGAAUGCCAUAUGUGUCAAUUGCAUAAAGAAUUGUCAUGCAGGACAUGAUGUUGAAUUUAUACGACACGAUCGUUUCUUUUGUGAUUGCGGUGCCGGCACCUUAUCCAAUCAGUGUCAGCUGCAGGGCGAGCCCACGCAGGACACGGACACGCUCUAUGACUCGGCAGCGCCCAUGGAAUCGCACACACUGAUGGUUAACUAGGGCAGUCGCAGCAUCAGCAUCAUCGAUAAAAGCACUCUAAUGGUAUUUUAUAUAUUCAAUUAAGCUCUCAACUGUUUAGACUCUAAGACGUUCGCUAAUUCGCCCUCUCCCACAAAAUUGUGUUGCUGUACAUAUUCACGAAGACACACACAAACACAUAUACUCACACACUUACCCGCCUAGAGAUACACACACACACACACACCCACGCCCUCAAUAAUACAAACCAUUGUAUAUAAAUAAUAAUUAAUCUGCGUUCAAAAUUUAACUCAAUGUGCAAUUUAGUUUAAACUUUAAACCAACUCAAAAUACAAAUUAUGGAAAUGCUUCGACACCUGUCCAAUGUCCACACAAUCUGUCACAACGAAACAAAAUACAUUUUCAAAAUAAUGCAUUUCUUUUUGUACAAGAAACGAGAAUGUUGAUGAAAUGAAGAAACGAUAUGAUACGCUAAAGGGUGAUAAAGGUGUACGAGAAACCAGAAAGAAAGCCCAGUGAAGAAAAAACGAUUUUGUAAUGUAGCUAAGUAGUUUUUUUAAUUCCAACUAAAAACUAAAACAAAAUGAAAUGUUUUUUAAGCCGACAACAAACAACAAAUUAGAAAACAAACUAAAAACUCUAACAAUACGAAAAGCAAUUUUAAGUAUUAAUAACAAAUUAGAUAAACGACAGCAGCCGCUUUUUUGCUUUAGCAACAAAACUAACAAGCAUACAAAUAUAAAUAUAAACAUAUGCAUACACA